UGGACCGUCGUCGUCGCCGUGACUUCAUAGUGAGCGCAGAUCAACCGAGGAAAAAAAAGACACUGAUUUGCUGCGGCCACCGCCGUCGCCGAGCUUCGUGUGUAAAUAGUGUCGUCGUAGACCCAGGAAGUGGCACCAGCCGUCAAGUGACCCGAAACCGAAUCGGAACCGUGACCAAGAGCGGAAGCCAGUUCGUGGUGGAAUCGAAGGUUGAUUGUGACGGGAGAGUGAAAAUUGCGUUGAAAAAAAAAAACAGUGCGAAGAAGGCAAAAACCUUUCGGAGAAAAUUUUUCGUGGCUCUGUGGCAAAGGAGAGGAAAAUUUCGGUGGCAGGUUGCUGGUGGAGGAAGAGGUUUGGCCAGUGAAAGGUGGUGUGGGCAAACCCUGCAUCGCAACUGGUGAAAGGCCCCGUCACACCCCUUUCUCUGACGUGACCCAGACCGCAAUCUUCGUCGGAGGAGGAACAAAGAAUCUGGCCGUGAAGAGGUACUAAAUUUAGACCCGAGGUCGGAACAUAUUGUUGUUCUUUCCCCGCGGAAGGGGACCAUCCGAGUCAGCACCUCCUGGGCCACGCACCAUCGCUGUGCGGCUGCCGAUUGCAUCAUGGAUUUGGACAUUACGCUCAUCGUGAAGGCCUCGAACCAGCAGUUCGAGGACCAGACCAUCAAGUGCGAACCGUCGUGGACCAUCCGGCGGCUCAAGUCGCACCUGACCGAGGUGUACCCCGGGAAACCUAGCACCGACGAGCAGAAGCUGAUCUACUCCGGCCAGCUGCUGGGUGACAGCAUCGUACUGAAGGACAUUUUGCGGCACUACGAUGGUCAAAAGACCCACACCGUGCAUCUAGUGUUUACGCCGAAAAACAAUCGAUUCCAGAAGGAGUUUAGUUAUGCCAGCGGUAGCAGCUCGUCGAGCAGCGCCAGCAACAGAAACAUGCCCCCGAAAGUGAACGAAACGACAGCGCCGGCCGGUUCUGGCAGCAGCAGCAGCUCUUCGAUGCCGGCCGGCUCGGAUAUUGGCGCUGAUGGGUUGCGUCAGCGAAAUGUUGGACAGACCUCCGGUGGAACCGCCCCGGCACCGGUUGCCACAGGUUGUCCAACCACACCCGCGACCAACAACUUCAUGGAACAUCAUCUGGCCAUGCAGAACCUGAUGCAGCAGGCCUACAUGCAGUAUCUGAACCAGUACAUGAAUGUGAUAUCCGGACAAACCAAUGCUCAAGCCCUGUACGCGAGUGCCCCCACAAAUCUUCCAGCGUCUCCAGCCACCGCCGCCCUGCAGCCACAACCAAGCGUUCAGAUGGCCCAAGCCGCCAUCCCGCCCCAGCCAAUCGUCGCACAAACGCUCCCCAAUCUGGCCUACUAUCCCUACCUGCCCACGAUGAACUCCCCGAUGCCCCCGAUGGCCAGCAGCAUUCCAGCCCCGAUCACGUCCAGCGGAACGAUCCCGACCAGCAGUUCAGCUUCGGCGCCCGCAGCUACGCCGGCCGGUCCCUCUAGUCAACCUCUGGCCGCAGCCGGUCCAAGCACCUCACCUCAAGUCGCCGCCGCGCCUCAGCCAGCGGGAACUAGCGCGACCGAUGGAACGCAGGCUGGGCAGACGGCGACGGUGGCACCGCAGGUUGACAAUGCAAAUGCGGCUCCUGGUGGCGCCGCGGGUGGUGCAGCAGCGGGGGCGGCGCCCGCUGCCGCUCGGAGGUUCCCUAAUAUUGUCGUCGAGGAGCAGGAGAACCGUGACUGGUUGGACAUCUUCUUCAGUCUGUGUCGCGUCGGCAUCCUGAUGACCGUGGUGUACCUCUACUCAUCGCCGGUGCGGUGUCUGACGGUGCUGUUUAUCGGGAUUGCACUUUACUUGUACCAAAUUGGCUUCUUCCGCACCAACGACCCUAUGGAGCGGGCCCGCCGCAUCGUUGUCCAGGAGAUCAACAACGCGCACGGAAUCCGGCAGAACGCCGCCUUGCGAGCCCGGGUGGCCCGCCAGGUGGCAGCGGCCGCCGCCGUCGGGGGAGCAGCAGCCGCAGCACCGGCAGGCCAGCAAGUGGCUGAAGCCGCGGAACCGAACGCCGCUAGUCCAGCCGGUGAAACCGCCGACCAGACAGAUUCGGCAAAGGCCGCGGCUCCAACAACUCCGGAGGGCGAGAACAACCCGGUGGAAGGGACGGCCGACGGUGGCGAAACGGCACCACUGGUUGAGGCGGUGGAAGGGCAGACGGGGGUGGUUCCGGAAGCCAAUCGCGUAAACAUAAACGACGUUGCUGGAUUUUUGCGAACGCUGGUGCUGUCAUUUUUCACGUCGAUUAUCCCCGACACACCCGCUGCCUAAGAAUAAAUUGGAGCGCGGAUCGUUACGAAAAAUUAUGUUGCUUGUGUUGACGAAAAAAUCGAUUUAGCUUUUUGAUCUGAUUGAUUUUUGUUGGUAGUUUUUCGAGGAUCACUAAAUUUGUCAGCACAGCGCAAAAAAAAAACGAUGAAAUUUGUUGAAAUGGCUUAAAUUUAUACACACGAUUGUUUUAUACGUUUUAAACUGCUUCUCAUUUAUUACCUAUUAUUCGAGUUUUAAAGGAGAAGCAACAGCCGGCAGCAAAAAGUCUUUGAUAACUUUCCAGACGUUUUGUUGAAAAUGUAGGACGUAACGUAUAAAGGUACACAUUAAGUUAGAAUAGUUUUACAAAAAAAAAAAAAAGAACAGAACCAACCCGUAGUACGGAAGGUUCAUUUAGAACACGCUGUAGAAACGAGCAAAUCCCAAACCCCUUUUUGAGUCCACACCAUCUUAUCGAAAGCUUUAAUGUUCUGAAAACCAACGUACUGUAGAGCGGCGGUGACGCUUUCGGAAUGUUCAGCACAGUAGCGUCGGAACGUAUGGUAGAAAUGCACGUCUUUUGCACGACCGCAAAUGUUUACACUUUUUCGUUUAGAAACACACGCCUGCUCUAUUCUAUCCCUGGCCGCGGACUAUCUCCGUUGUGGCUAAAGUGUAUUUUCUUUGUGUAAAUUAUUAAAUGUCUCUGUAAUAUACGGUUUAACAAUGUUAUCGAUUUAAAUGAUAAACUUGAUAAUAAAUUUAUUUAUAUUCA